CGAGGUAGAGGCGGGCACUUCAGUUCAGAUUAGAGUCGGCUGCUGCUGCUGGAGCUGCUGCACUUGGUUACACACACGGCGCGGCGGCGGCUCCUCUCGCGUGCAUCCCCUUCCCUUCGGCUCUCGCGACCUGCGCGGGUCAGGCGGGCGGCUCGACGGGGCGAGCCCGCCGCUGCAGCUCUCGGCCGAGGACCGGCGGGGUUUCGUAGCCUCCUCCCUGGUUUCCUUCCUUGGGAGGGCUUCGUGGUUGUGCCCGGAGAGGGAAAGCAAAGAGGGAGUGAUUAUCAGAAUGAAUGGACACAUUUCAAACACCCCUCCCGGCGUAUAUGGAAGUUACUCUUCUCAAGUAAAUGGAUAUGGGUCACCGACAUUUUCUCAAGGCGACAGGGACCAGAGUUCGAAAACAAGCGCAAAGGCUUUGUACGAACAAAGAAAGAAUUAUGCACGCGAUAGUGUCAGCAGCAUAUCCGAAACAUCGCAGUAUCAUGUGGAGCACUUAACUACUUUCGUUUUGGAUCGGAAAGAGGCCAUGAUCACUGUCGAUGACGGAAUAAGGAAGCUGAAACUGCUGGAUGCCAAAGGCAAGGUCUGGACGCAAGAUAUGAUUCUCCAAGUGGAUGACAAAGCUGUCAGUCUGGUAGACUUGGAAUCCAAGAAUGAACUGGAGAAUUUCCCCUUGAGCACAAUUCAGCACUGCCAAGCUGUGAUGAACUCAUGCAACUACGACUCCAUCCUUGCCUUAGUCUGCAAAGAGCCAGCUCAAAGCAAAGCAGAUCUUCAUCUUUUCCAGUGCGAUGAGGUUAAGGCUAACUUUAUCCAUGAAGAUAUUGAAAGUGCAAUCAGUGACAGCAAAGGGGGGAAGCCAAAGCGAAGACUCGAAACACUCAGGAUGAUCUCCAAAGCUGACAGUGCUAUUCCUCCCCCUCCAAAAGCACCAGCUCCUGUGCCCCCAGGUACCGUUACGCAGGUGGACGUCCGAAGCCGGGUAGCCGCCUGGUCUGCUUGGGCCACUGAGCAAGGAGAUUAUGAGAAACCUCGACAGUUCCAUGAGCAUGAAGAAACAGCUGAAAUGAUGGCAGCCAAGAUUGACAGAGACGUUCAAAUUCUGAACCAUAUUUUGGAUGAUAUUGAAUAUUUCGUCACCAAACUUCAGAAAGCGGCCGAAGCGUUUGCUGAGCUUUCAAAGAGGAAGAAAACCAAGAAGAAUAAAAAGAAAGGACCUGGUGAGGGUGUCUUAACUCUCCGUGCAAAACCUCCACCUCCAGAUGAAUUUGUUGACUGUUUGCAAAAAUUUAAGCAUGGCUUCAACCUGCUGGCUAAAUUAAAGUCACACAUCCAGAAUCCGAGCGCACCUGAACUGAUCCAUUUUCUGUUUACACCAUUAAAUAUGGUAGUACAAGCAACAGGAGGUCCAGGACUUGCUAGUUCGGUUGUCAGCCCGCUCUUAACAAAAGAUACAAUAGAAUUCUUGCGUUACACCAUCACAAGUGAGGAAGGACAGCUGUGGGUGUCUCUAGGUGACGCAUGGACCAAAGCCAGAGCAGAGUGGCCCAAGGAGCAAUUCAUCCCGCCUUACGUGCCGCGGUUCAGGAAUGGCUGGGAGCCCCCUUUGCUGAGCUUCUUGGGAGCCCCGAAGGAGCAAGAGCUCAACCAGUUAGCAGAGUCCGUGGCAAACGUAGCCGAGCAGCAGCGGAAGCAAGAAAUGAAAAGGCUAUCAAGUGAGCAUUCCAGUGUCUCUGAUUAUCCUCCGUCUGACGGGUAUGCAUUCAGUAACACAGCUUACAAAAGAGGGCCUCUGCCGGACCAAGGGGCAGCAGUAGCUGCUUUUAAGCAAACUGUUAGCCGACAUGUAGAUAGAAAUUAUGAAGCACAUAAAACCCCAACCAAGAGAUACGCCAAAACCAAGUAUGACUUUGUGGGAAGAAACCACAGUGAACUUUCUGUCAUGAAGGAUGAUAUUUUAGAGAUUCUUGAUGACAGGAAGCAAUGGUGGAGAGUCCAAAAUGCACACGGAGUAUCAGGAUUUGUGCCAAACAAUAUCUUGGAGCCUCUCAAAUCUCAGGAACCGGGCUCUGCGGAACCGUCAUAUAUGCACACUAUUCAGCAAUUACUGGGAGAACUCUCAGAGAAACAAAGGACAGACUUUGUUCCGAAGCAACCCGACCCCACGCCUGCCGCUCCGUCGCCACCCCAGACGCCACUUCCUGUUCCGCUCCCUCCAAGCGUGCCAGCGCCUGUCCCCGUUCCUGUGCCAAAGGUACCUGGAGCCAUCAGCCGCCAGAGCAGCACAUCAAGUGACAGUGGACGAGAUACCCAGAGGCAAAAGCCACCCCCUAUAGAUCGAAGGAAAUCUCAGAUGGAAGAGGUCCAGGACGAGCUCAUUCACCGGCUCACCAUUGGCCGGAGUGCUGCCCAAAAGAAGUUCCACGUGCCACGCUCUAAUGCCCCAGCAGUCAAUAUCACCUAUGACUCCGCUCCGGAAGACGUGAAAUUGUGGCUACAGGCCAAAGGAUUCAACCCUGUGACUGUCAACAGCCUUGGCGUUCUGACUGGCGCUCAGCUCUUCUCCCUCAACAAAGAUGAACUCAAGUCUGUGUGCCCAGAAGGAGCUCGCGUCUACAGCCAAAUUACGGUUCAGAAAGCCUCACUGGAGGCUACCAGUGGAAGUUCAGAGCUGCAGGAGAUCAUGAGAAGGCGGCAAGAGAAACUCAGUGCAGCUGCCACAGACUCGGGUGUGGAGUCUUUUGACGAGAGCAGUAGUCACUAAAUGUCUUUUUCCUAUUCAUUUCUUAUUGUUUGGAAAAGAAAGAGAGCCCAUUGUUCUUGGCAUUGUUCCGUCAUGCUUUGUUUUAGGAAGCCAUGAAGGGGAAAUGUCUGGUUGACUAUGACUAUUUUUGUAGAGACGACUUGAUGCCAUAAAAGAAGCAUGCAAUCAAGAUGUUGGGCAAGGGGGUGACUGCUGCGCCCCUCCCCUCUUGAUGUAAAAAGCAUAUUUAUAGACAGUUCUUGGGUCUGGGGGUCCCUAACCAACACCCACAGAGCUGGUUUGGUGGAACUGGCCAUUUCAUGCUUUUUCCUUCUUUAGCGGACAAGCAACAUUCCAUUCCUCCUUUUGAGCCGUUUCAUGGAAGCUGAGCCAGCUGUUAAACUGUGUUGAAAUCUUCAGCCUGUUGUGAAUUUGCAGGCACCAUCCAGCCAAAGUGAAGUCUUUUUAAGUCGCAUUGGGUGGGUUCAGACAACCGGCAGAAAGUAAGUUGGCGGGAAGUGCCAGUAUCCAUCACAAGCAACUACUUCUGCUCAUUUCCAUAUCAUCUGAAUCGAUCACCACCUGAAUCGACCAGCAUCCCAAGCUGCCCUUCCUUCUGCCGGCUGACAUCUGUAGCCUGCUUAUGAAGUUGGGCAGUGGGUGUCGGGUGACAGAGAGAAAUGUGGCUCGGGAGCUGGAUACUGGCAGGAUGCACAUACCAGGAGUGCAUGCUUGCUGGGAAACUAGGGCUCCUGCCAACUGACUUUUCACCAGUCAUCUGAACCUGCCCAUUGGUUUCAGUGGGAGAGUUAAACACAUGCUUAACUCUCCAUCUCUGAAAUCAUUGGAACUUCAUAGGGCUUCACCUUGGCAGGACAGACCUCUUUGUUCAUUCUUUGUUCAUUGUGGCCUAUAGUCUUGGCCUCUUUCUCUCACCUCUCAUCUCUCGGCAACAAGUUGUUCGAACUUAUUCAGAAGUUCCUAAUGCCAUCAACAGCAGCCCUAAUAGUACAAGCACAGACUAAAUUCUUCUGACACCUUCACAAGAUGGUUUCUUAGCAGAAGUGUAGAUAGCAAAAUAAUUUAUUCUGGAUUUCAAUUUUAUUGUUGUUCCAGUGGGAGUAAGUGCUAAAGAAUAAAGGCACCAGUGGAAACAAUAGCACAAAUAUCCAUUUUUUAAAAGGACCAGGGGCAGUUGGACCAUAUUUUGGUACCAAAGGGGUUGUUCACAGUAUUAUUUAUUAAGAAGUAUUGCAUUUCGCUUUAACUUCACCAGUCAAGGGAAAGUGAAAUAGGUUCUCUACAGGGACACCCAGGGAAAAGGUGAUCAUAGAUGUUUAAAAGAAAGAGUUAGAGAAUGAGAGAUUCAUUUCCAAUUUAUAUCUUUUAAAAUAUGGCCAAUCCUAUACAAAAUAUCCCAGUAAAUGUUUUUUGAACCACAAUAACUUUUGUUCCAUGCAAAAUGUUAUAUUCUAUCAUAUGUAUAUAAAAGGCAUUAAAAAAACAUGUCAUUUAGAAGAAAUUAAUCCAUCUAGUUUUAUUAAUUUUCAUGGUGCCUUUUUUCACAAUACUCAGCUGAAAGUCUGCAAUAAACACUAUUUGAUGUA